GGCCAGGUGUUUGAAGAGUUAUGUGUUUCUCUUUUCUUAUUGUUCAUAUGUGUUUAUUAUUCGUUGGCUGACACAUUUUUUUAUUUGUUUUUGCCAUGUCUUCCAGUUGCAUUUCCUCAGGUGGGUGUGGUCAAUUCAUCCUAUAACUUCUUUAGGGAAUAACUCUUUGGAGCUUUGGGAUGUUACCAUGUCUGCGUGUAUUUGUGGGAAUGCGAAGGAUAUCUGCCAUUUUCAUUGUCAACUUCAUUUUCUUCAAUCUUUGAAAGCUUGAGAAUUUUCUCUCUUUUUGUGUGUUAUUUGUGGGCAUUUAAAACCUUAAAAUAAUCAUGAUCUCCAGGUGUUAAUGUAGGUUUAUGGGACACGUAACUGGCAUAAAAACUUAUUCUUAUUGAUGGGUGUGUUUGUACAUCAUAUGCAUUUGAGGCUGUUUAUUGCCUGUUAAUAGUUUUUCUCUCUUUGAGCUGAUGCAGGAGAGAGAGUUAAUGUGAGGACUUAGAUUGUGUGAUCGAAAUUCAAAUCUAUUUGGUUGUAAAAGAUUCUGGUCACCCAAAAAUUAGAGAAAAAUUUUCUUGAACUUACUGUGUUUUUUGAUCGGGGAUGAGUUUUUCUGAAAUAGAUAAACAUAUUUGUAGAGCCCUCUAAUAAUAUUCCUAACAUGACUUGGAAACCAAUAGAUACUAGUCCUAAUUAGAAAAGUAAAAUAAAUUCUAACUCAACUAGGAGAAAAAGAAUAGAUAUGACAAUACUACAAACAAUAUAAUGUCCUAAAUUAACUCUAGGAACUUCAGCAAAUAAUAGAGUAAGUUACUAAAUCAACCCUAUCCUUAAUGUUAAAUAAUGAUUUUAUGCUCCUGCAUCAUAAAUUAAUAGAUUAACUUGUUAUUUUUUUGCUUAUUCUGUUUCUUUUGGCCGAAAAUUUAAUCUUGAAAAAAUGGCAAUGCAAAUUUCAACCUUCUGGUUUCCGGAAGGAAGUUUGCAAAUGGUUAAAGAUGUGCUCAUCCAAAGCAUUAUUUUUUCAUUUGCGGAAUUACUAUGAAGCAUAUGAUAUUGCAAGGAAUUUCAUUUACAUAGAUACAGCUGGUUGGCCCUAUUUAUGAUGUUUAAACAUUGUUGAUGGAAUCUAUUACCUGUUUACUUGCUUGAUUGAUUGAUUUCAAUUGUGUAAAUGUUGUAUGAUCUAUAAUCGUAUUCCAUGGCCUCCUCUUGAAUCCUUUCUCCGCCACAUGGAUUCUUACGUUCGACAACUUGCAAAGUGGGGAAGGUUCAUCAUCAAGGGGUGUCCUACGUGUUUGCGGAAAGUGAACCCCUUAAUCAUCUCCUUCUUUGGUGUGUUGAAACUAGAAGGCUAUGGCAUUCAUAUUGUGUCCUUGGCAGCCAGUGGCUUGAUUGAGAAUGAAUUAUGGGCUUGGGAUGGUGUUAGGAUGUGUUAAGUCUUGGAAAGAAGUUUAUCUCUCUCAUCCCUUUAGCUAUCUUUUGAGCUAUUUAGACAGAAAGGGACAAGAGGAUUUGAUGGCAUUUUGUUUGGUUCUGCUAGCAUUAGAGAAAAUUGGUUGCUGACCAUGAAUUUUUUGUUUAAUCGUCAACUUCUUAGCUAUAAAGAGGAUUUAGGAGACCUUAUUGAUAUUUUGGUUUAUACUCUAAACUUGUAAAGCUUCUUUUGUAUUUAGGUAGCACCUCCUUGGUGCCUUGUUAAUAAUACUAGAAUUUUCCUCGCAAAAAAAAAAAAGUAAUUAGUGUAUUCUUUUGAUAUUUCUUGAAAACCAGAUGGCGAAUUCAGCUGCAAUUGCGGCUGCCUUUGGUGGAGGUUUGCCUCCUGGGAUAAGUGGGACAAAUGAUAGGUGUACAGUCCUUGUCUCCAAUUUAAAUCCUGAUAGGAUUGAUGAGGAUAAGCUUUUUAACCUCUUCUCUCUAUAUGGAAACAUUGUGAGAAUCAAACUUCUCCGUCAUAAACCAGACCAUGCGCUUGUUCAGAUGGGUGAUGGUUUCCAGGCUGAGUUGGCAGUACACUUUCUUAAGGGAGCAAUGCUGUUUGGGAAGCGAUUGGAGGUCAACUUCUCAAAACAUCCAAACAUAACUCCAGGUGCUGACACACACGAAUACAUCAACUCAAAUCUCAACCGUUUCAACCGUAAUGCUGCAAAGAACUACCGUUACUGCUGCUCUCCAACAAAGAUGAUUCACCUUUCUACUCUGCCUCAGGAUAUCACUGAGGAGGAGAUUGUGAGUCAUCUGGAAGAACAUGGUGCAAUUGUGAAUACCAAGCUCUUUGAGAUGAAUGGGAAGAAGCAGGCGCUGAUUUUGUUUGAAACUGAGGAGCAAGCCACUGAAGCUCUAGUGUGCAAACAUGCAACAACACUUGGAGGAUCUAUAAUUAGGAUUUCGUUCUCCCAGUUGCAGGCGAUAAGAGAUAACUCACAGUAACGUGUUAACACCGGUAGGAAUCCAAUGGUGGUAAUAAGAUAAAAUGGAUUGGAACUUGGGGAAGGAUAAUUAAUAUGUUGCUGACACUUCUCUUGGAUGUCUCUCCUUUGUUGUAAUGGUGGUUUAACUGCUUUGCAGAUACUGUUUUGAUUUUCCAUUAUAAUCUCCACUUUCUCUAGUGCUUCUUCUACCACUUUCUUCUUUUGAAAUUCUUCCAUUACUUAAUUUGGGUUAGAUUUUUAUUUUUGAGAUAGUUGAGGUCCAGUUUUGAAGAGUAGGAAAUUAAGAAGGAAAUGUAUUUACCAGUUAGUGCGAGACAUUGUGUUUUGUUGUAUUAUUUGUCUGAAUAUUUCUUAUAAUCCAGGCUACUCAGGCCAUUUCUGUUGUAUUCCCAAA